GGCGGUGAUUCCCCCCCCCCCGCUGUCGCAAUGACGGGGAGCAGAUGGGCGUGGCUUCAGUUCUGUCACAAUCUCUUGAGGCAGUCUCCUUCAUAAGGGUGCCUAUCCCGUGGAACGGGAUUGUCGUCCUGUGGUCCUUCUGGCCAGGUUUGAGCACUUCUGCAGCGCAGCCAGCAGUGCCUCUCUUAAACUCGGUGGUGGAUUGCUACUGGUUCACACCGGUUCGGGUGAACCAUAUCAGCAGCAGAGGGAGUCUCCGCCCAUCCACACGGACAUCAUCAAAUACGAUUUGCGCAUACGCAGAAGCUUCAUGCACAAGCGAAUCGGUAGCAAAGGAGAAUUCUGACCUUGAAGACUGACAUUUCUUGGAUGUUCUUGGACAUCAAUAGAGAGGACUGCAGUGAAAAGUGGUAUUGGCUGAAUUUAUUUGCUUGCUCAGAAAUAAAGAGACAUCAAAGGAACUGCAUUACCAACUGGUGUAAAUGACUGCUGUGGCCUCAAAGACCAAGAGAACCUGCUCAGUCAGCUGAAGCCCCCUGUGGACAGCUGUCUCUCCCUCGCUCUCAGCUGAUGGAAACUGCUAGUAACCAUUGAAUGGGGGAGAGUGAAGUAAAACCACAGGACCAGCAGCUGCAGCUCCAGUGGUGGCAGCAGCAGCAACAGCAGCAGCAGCAGCAGCAAGCAAGAGCUCUAUUGUUCCCAAGUAUUAAACAGUUUUCUUCCUUUCCAACUGAAAUGCACAAUAGCUGGAAAGCCAUUUCCAGUCUCCCUGCCCUCUGAAGAAAUCCUGACCAGAGGGGCGGGUGGGAGAAACCCUUCAGGCAAGGGUUCUCCAUUGUGCUGCUGGUUUGAAGAGUGAGCAGGCUCCUGGCAGGCAUGGAGAUGGCAGAACAAUAUAUAGCUUUCCUUGGUGGUGUGGUGGUCUCGGCUCACUCAAGCAAGUGCCUGGAGGUCCUUGCACUUCUCUGGUUUGCGAUCUGGGUCGCUACGGCACAAAGUGAAUUGGAAACUUCAGUGUAUUUGUGGAAGACAGGUCCAUGGGGCAGGUGUAUGGGAGAUGAGUGUGGCCCAGGAGGUACCCAGACUCGAGCUAUAUGGUGUGCUCAUGUGGAAGGAUGGACUACCCUCUUCACAAAUUGCAAGCAGGCAGAGAGACCUGACAACCAACAGAAUUGCUUCAGAGUUUGUGACUGGCACAAGGAACUGUAUGACUGGCAGCUGGGCAGCUGGAACCAAUGUCAGCCCAUUCUUUCGAAAAGCAUUGAAAAAACAACAGUAUGUGUGAACGGGGAAGAAGGAAUUCAGAGGAGAGAUAUUAUUUGUGUCCAAAAAUCAAAUGGUGUGAUAGUUGAGGACGCCAUAUGUGAAUACUUUGAGCCAAAGCCUCAGCUAGAACAGGGAUGCCUCAUCCCUUGCCAGCAGGACUGCAUUGUAUCUGAUUUCUCACCCUGGACAGAGUGUUCUAAGAGCUGCGGCAAAGGGCUCUCCUAUCGUUUUCGCCAUAUUGUAGCUCCCCCUCGUUAUGGGGGUUCCGCCUGCCCCAAUCUGACAGAGUUUCAGGCUUGUAGCUCAGCCCUCUGUGCCACUGAAGAAAACUUGUAUAGUCUGAGUGUGGGGUCCUGGAGUACCUGUUCAAUGCCUCACUUGCGGCAUGUCAGACAGGCAAGGAAACGUGGGAAGAACAAAGAAAAGGAGAAAGAAAAGGAGAAAAACAUUCGGGAUCCAGAAACCCGGGAAUUAAUUAAGAAGAAAAGGAAUCAUAACAGGCAGAACAGACAGGAGAAUAAAUAUUGGGACAUACAAAUUGGAUAUCAGACCCGACAGGUGAUGUGCACACACAGGAAUGGAAAGACGGUUGCUUUAAGUUUUUGUCAACAAGAAAAAUUGCCAAUUACAUUCCAGUCUUGUGUGAUCACAAAGGAAUGCCAGGUGUCAGAAUGGUCUGAAUGGAGCCCAUGUUCCAAAACAUGUUUUGAUAUGACAUCAUCGAAAGGAUAUCGUACAAGAACACGGACAAUCAAGCAAUUUCCUAUUGGCAGUGAAAGUGAGUGUCCAAACCUAGAAGAAACAGAGCAGUGUGUAACUCAAGGAGAUGGAGUGACUGCUUGUAUCACAUAUGGCUGGAGAACCACAGAAUGGACAGAAUGUCGCAUUGACCCUUUACUUAGCCAGCAGGAUAAGCGACGAGGAAACCAAACAUCUCUUUGUGGAGGUGGGAUUCAGACUCGGGAGAUGUACUGUGUGCAAGCAAAUGAAAAUCUCCUCUCUUAUUUAAAUACACUCAAGGAAAAAAAAGAAAGUCAGUCCCAGAGAACAUCAAAAACUAGUGCUGCUCCUCUUCUAUCUAUCACUUUUGAAAUAACAGCUUCUAAACCUGUGGAUUGGAAACUGUGUACAGGCCCUACUCCCAGCACUACCCAACUGUGCCACAUCCCAUGUCCUAUAGAGUGUGAGGUAUCAGCUUGGUCAGCAUGGGGGCUAUGUACCUUUGAAAACUGUGAGGACCAGCAAGCCAAAAAGGGUUUUAAAUUAAGAAAACGUCGCAUCAAAAAUGAACCCACAGGAGGCACUGGUAACUGUCCCCAUUUGAUUGAAGCGAUCCCAUGUGAAGAGCCUUCUUGCUAUGAAUGGAAAAUAGUGAGCCUGGAUGAGUGCAUUCCAGAUAAUGAGAAAGAUUGUGGACCUGGUACACAAGUGCCUCAAGUAGUCUGCAUAAGCAGUGAUGGAGAAGAAUUUGAUAGACAGCUCUGCAGAGAUGCUAUCUAUCCCGUCCCCAUUGUCUGUGAAAUUCCAUGCCCCAAGGACUGUGUUCUCAGCACAUGGUCUGGAUGGUCCUCCUGCUCUCACACCUGCUCAGGGAAAACCACAGAAGGGAAACAGAUGCGCACCCGCUCCAUCCUGGCAUAUGCAGGUGAAGGUGGUCUUCAGUGCCCAAACAGCAGCAUGCUACAGGAAACACGCAACUGCAAUGAUCAUCCUUGUACAGUUUAUCACUGGCAGACUGGACAGUGGGGUCAAUGCAUAGAAGAUACUUCUGUGUCUGCAUUCAACUCUUCUGCUGGUUGGAAUGGAGAAGCUACCUGUGCUGUUGGAAUGCAAACAAGGAAAGUCAUCUGUGUGAGACUCAACAUGGGACAAGUACCACCCAAAAAGUGUCCCGAAAACCUUCGUCCUGAAACUGUUAGACCUUGUUUAUUGCCCUGCAGGAAAGACUGCAUUGUGACUCCUUACAGUGAUUGGACACUGUGUCCUUCUUCAUGUCGAGAAGGGUCAGUUGUUACUGUGACAAAACAAUCUCGACAUCGAGUCAUCUUGCAGCUCCCUGCAAAUGGGGGUCGUGACUGCCCAGAGACCUUAUAUGAAGAAAAAGACUGUGAUCCUCCUCCUGUCUGCGUGUUUUAUAGAUGGAAGACACACAAAUGGCGUCGGUGCCAACUUGUACCAUGGUAUGUUCGGCAAGACAGCCCAGGUGCCCAGGAGACAUGUGGUCCAGGUCUACAAGCAAGAGCUAUUACAUGUCGCAAACAAGAUGGCAGCCAGGCUGAUAUUGGUGAAUGCCUCAAAUAUGCAGGGCCUUUACCACCCUUAACCCAACUCUGCCAAAUUCCUUGCCAAGAUGACUGCCUGUUCACAACCUGGUCAAAAUUUUCUGCCUGCGGUGUGGACUGUGGAUCAGUUAGAACAAGGAAGCGCUUACUAAUUGGGAAAAGUAAGAAGAAAGAGAAAUGUAAGAAUCCUCAACUGUAUCCACUCAUUGAGACCCAAUUCUGCCAGUGUGACAAAUACAAUGCCCAACCAGUUGGGAACUGGUCAGACUGUAUAUUACCUGAAGGCAAAAUAGACAUACUUAUGGGAAUGAAAGUUCAAGGAGACAUCAAAGAGUGUGGACAAGGCUACCGUUAUCAAGCCAUGGCUUGUUAUGAUCAAAGCAGUAGACUUGUUGAAACAUCCCGAUGCAACAGUCAUGGCUAUAUUGAGGAGGCUUGCAUCAUUCCAUGUCCAUCAGACUGCAAACUCAGUGAGUGGUCCAAUUGGUCUCGCUGUAGCAAAUCGUGUGGGAGUGGAGUGAAAGUCAGGUCUAAAUGGCUCCGGGAGAAGCCUUACAAUGGUGGAAGGCCAUGUCCUAAAUUGGAUCAUGUGAAUCAGGUUUACGAAGUGGUCCCUUGCCAUAGUGACUGUGGUCAGUAUAUAGGAGUCACUGAACCCUGGAGUGUCUGCAAAGUGACUAAUGUGGACUUAAAGGAGAAUUGUGGAGUGGGUGUACAAACCAGAAAAGUGAGAUGCAUGCAAAACACUGUAGAUGGUCCUUCAGACAUUGUAGAAGACUAUCUGUGUGAUCAAGAAGAGAUGCCAAUUGGUGCUAGAAAAUGCAUACUGCCAUGUCCAGAAGACUGUGUCAUAUCUGAGUGGGGCCAAUGGUCUAGGUGUUCUUUGCCCUGUAAUGGCAGCAGUGUGAGGGAACACUCAGCAAAGAUCUUAAGGCUGCCUCAGGAAGGAAAGACCUGUCCUUCUACAGUUGAGACAGAGCCUUGUCAUCUGAACAAAAACUGCUAUCAUUAUGAUUAUAAUGUGACAGACUGGAGCACAUGCCAGCUAAGUGAGAAAGCUGUUUGUGGCAUUGGGAUCAAAACAAGAAUGCUUGAUUGUGUUCGCAGCGAUGGCAAGUCAGUGGACCUGUUGUACUGUGACAAGCUUGGUCUGGAAAAAACUUGGAAUAUGAACACCUCCUGCAUGGUGGAAUGUCCUGUAAACUGUCAACUCUCAGACUGGUCUCCAUGGUCUGAAUGCUCACAGGCUUGUGGCCUAACUGGAAGGAUGACACGAAAGAGAACUGUUAUUCAACCUUUCCAAGGUGAUGGCAGACCUUGUCCUUCACAAAUGGAGCAGUUCAAACCUUGCCCAGUAAAGCCUUGUUAUCGAUGGCAAUACAGUUCAUGGGAAGAAUGUAAAGUUGAGGAUGCCCAGUGUGGGGAAGGGACAAGAAUUAGAAAUAUAUUCUGUGUGGUCUAUGAUGGAUCUAGUGAUGACAUUGGCAAAAAAGUUGAAGAAGAAUAUUGUGGGGAAAUUGAACCUAUGGUUGAUGGCAAUAAGAAAAUUGUACUUGAAGAAGCUUGUACUGUGCCUUGUCCAGGUGACUGUUACUUAAAGGAGUGGUCACAGUGGAGCAUUUGUCAGCUGACCUGUAUCAAUGGGGAAGAUCUUGGUUUUGGAGGAAUACAGGUUCGAUCACGAGCAGUGAUUGUUCAAGAUGUAGAAAAUCAGCACCUUUGUCCAAACCAAGCUUUGGAGACAAGACAAUGUAAUGAUGGCCAUUGCUAUGAAUACAAUUGGAUGGCCAGCCCAUGGAAGGGAUCAUCUCGGACUGUAUGGUGCCAAAGAUCAGAUGGUUUAAAUGUUACAGGAGGUUGCUUAAUGAUGCACCAACCAGAUGUGGACAGGUCAUGUAAGCCAGAAUGCAGCCAGUCCCAUUCUUACUGUAGUGAGACCAGAAUGUGUGUUUGUGAAGAAGGAUAUACUGAAGUAAUGUCUUCUAAUGGCACACUUGAGCAGUGCACUCGCAUCCCGGUGGUAGUUAUCCCCACAGUGGAUCAUAAAGAAGAUGUGAAAACUAGUCGAGCUGUAAACCCCACACAGACACCUAUCACCACACCAGGACGAGGAAGAACUUGGUUCCUCCAACCUUUUGCCCCAGAUGGGAAGCUGAAGACCUGGGUUUAUGGUGUAGCUGCUGGUGCAUUUGUUUUGCUCAUCUUUGUAAUAUCUAUGAUCUAUCUAGCCUGUAAAAAGCCAAAGAAGCCACAGCGGAGACAGAAUAACCGUCUGAAACCUUUAACCCUGGCUUAUGACGGAGAUGCGGACAUGUAAAAUAAUUGCUUCCCAUUCUUUAAACUUUUGAAACAGUAGUAUUGAAAAACAGCAUGCACAUUGUGGACAUUACCAAACAGAUGUUACACAAGACAAAGGGGAAAAAAGAUAAGAUGGAUGGCAAUGGAUGUUCUAAGAAGGAAUCUUUGUCCGUGACCACCAAUUGGUACAGCAAAUUCCAGUGGCCAUUUUCAGUUGUAAGCACAUCAGCUGAGCAUCUUUAUGCAGUGCUCUUUGAAACAUACGAACUAUAAAACCACUUGCAUAUUACAUUGAGAUUUGGGAGUGUUGAUACCAGAACAGUCUGCUGCAUUAAUCUAACUUUACUCAGUAAGCAUGGGAGGAUCAUACCAGGUUGUCUAUAAUGCUUUAUAUCCAACAUAUAUAUAUACUCAGUUGCAUCAUAGGUUUAAAAAAUAUCUCAAAUGAUAUACUGGUUUUUUAAAAAAACAACUUAGUGUUUAGCAUCUUGUAAACUUUAACUGAGAAUAACAAACCAUUGAACAAGUUUUGGCAUUUUUGGACAACAGUAGGCAGAUUUCUGAACUAGCUUUUCAAAGAGGUAAAGAUUUGCAAAAUUCUUGUCUUGUUACCAGUCCCAGGUACUAAUGCACUACUACCACACAUAUUUAUCAAGGAGUUAAGAAUCUUCAGGUUCAAAGUUUUAUACAAGUUGUCUGAACAUUUAAUAUCUAUGUGUAAUACUUUUUACUUUCUCUAACUCUCAAACUGUUGCCUGGAACUUUUUUGCUACAGAUAAGGCAAUUUUUUUUGCACUAUAUUAGUGCCGCAUGAUAUGCACUUAUUAAUGAGUAUUGCCAUAGAAACUGUCUCUUUUCAGUAAGGGUUAUGGUGAAAAUCCUGCAUCAGACAGACAUUUGUCAAUAAAUUUUUGAUUCCUAAUAAAAGUAGAGAUCAGUUUCCAAAAUGUUACUGGAUAGACCAGCUAACACAAUUACUGUUUAUAUACCGGUCUUGUAAAAGCAGCUGUUUUUUAGUCAAAAUCCUGGAACUAAUGUAAGUGUCUACUUUCAGACUCUAACCAACUUCUGCAGUUAGUAGAUUUUCAAGUUGAUUUCUUAUUUCUUUGAAGGUUGUAAAUGACUAGAUUUUUAUAUUGCUAACUUUAUAAAAAAGAAAAAAAGAAAAAAGUGGUUGUGCGCUAAUCUUGGAAAAAAUACUUAACUAAACAGUGUCCCAAUAUGUUCAGUGGAAGGAAUAUGAAUUUACUACUUAUUUUUCUCCUGCUAAUGGAAAGUAUUUCAUUGAUGAAAGAUUAAUUGUCCGGUUCUUCCUAUUUGGGAUAAUCUGAUAUAAUCUUGAGUUUGAUUUUUUUUUCUUUUCUUUCUUUUUGGUGGGGACUUUUUUUCAGGACAAUGGCUAAUAUAGAUUAUUUUUAAAAAUAUAUUCUGAUUCAUCAUUGUCAGAUACCUAAUUUAAGAUGGGAACUGUAAUGUGUUCAUGGAGCUUUCUCACUUGAAAUGCCUCUGUAGUCAUUUUAAGAGGUAGACAUGAUAUUUUCACCAUUCUGUUGAAUUGAAUGAUCAUGGUACAUAACAACAAACAAGCUUUUGUUCCAAUGUGCAACUUUUUAUGUAAUCAUUCUGGUUAAUAGCUGCUUCAUUUCUUUUAUACGCUUCCAUCCUGAGGUUUAUAUUAAAAUAUGAAUCCAAUUUUAUUGCUAUUCAGAACCAUUUAACAUUUUCAAAAAAGAAUGCCUUUCAAAUAAUAUCCAUUUAAGAUCGUGUGUAUAUCUAUAUAUCUCUAGUUAUGAACAGAUAAAUAAGCAAUAUAAAAUCAACUUUAUCAGACUCCUGUUACACACAAUAUUAUUAGUUCUGACAUCUCAGGUCUAUGUCAAUAAGUAAAUCUUCCUAAUAUGUGUAUUAUGCCUGGAGCAUUACGUAGUGAUUAAUUAAAUCAGGCAAUGAGUGGCCUAUAGCUCCCUCUUCCGACCCUUGCCAGGCUUCCUGACUCUGCAGGCUUUUUAAAAACACAUUUUUUGUAAAAAGAAAAGAAAAAAGAAAAGAAAAGAAAAGAAAAGAAAAGAAAAAUGAAAACAGUACAUGGGAAACUGGCCCCUGAAUUGUGAAGCACCUGGGGUUAUCUGUAGUAGCGUAUCAAAAUCUGCAGGAUGAUAGAUGUGGUUUUGUGAUUAAAGCCCUAUUCUUUUAUACAUAAUAUUUGACUUAUUCAUUUAACAACAGUUUGAAAUUACAAUAGCCUCCGAAAAAGUGAGUCAUCUAAUUUAGACAGACACACCACUCCUGUGGUUAUAUGAUCACAAUUUUGCCAUUUGUCAACCAACUCACCUAUACCACAGUUGUGGUGUUUUGCAGUCACCGGACUGCCUUGCCACCCUGACAGCAUUCCUAUCCAGCUUCCAAAAAAUUGUAAAAUCCAAAUUCACUUAACAACUAUAUAGUUCACCUAAUAACCAUGUGAAAUUCACUUAAUAACCAUGGUGAUUUGCUUAACUGUGGUGGAAAUAGUUGUAAAAUUUGGUCCGGUCCAGUAGUUGACUUGCUUAAUGGCUGCAUUACUUAGCAACUUAUAUUCCAGUUCCAGUUGUAGCUAUAAAUGAAAGACUUUGAUUGUGGCACUGCACACAACAUGAUGUGAGAACGUCUCUAAAGCAGCAACUUUUAGCCUUAUAGGUUGCAACAACCUCAACAUCUCUAAUGGGAAUGAUCUUGAAGAUUGGGGGGGGGGGAGCCACAGACCAGUAACAAUUGGAUAUAAGGCAUCUGAGCCUGUAGAAGGAAUGUGAGUAUGGCAAACAUCUCAGAAGGGACCCUCUCUAGUUUCUUGGGCUGCAAAGGCAAGGAGAGAGAGAAAUGUACUUUUAGACUUGCAAACCUGAUGUCAUUCUUGCAAGGUAGUCCGAGAGGGGGCACACCCAAUGAACUAAUUAUGCUUUAUUGUAAGUUUACAUUAACAGAAUCUUGUAAGUCCCAAGGUCAUUCCCACAUACCCUUAUCACACUUUAAGGAGGGCUGUUUUACACUUGCAUGUCUGAUGAGCAUCUUGAACUGGCCCAUUAUUAGUACAGCCCGCCUUUACUCAACUAUAAGAUAAAGUAUGAAACAGUUUUCUUAAUUGAUCAGUGGAAGUAAAUUCUUCAGACUUGUGUAACUAUUGUAUAAUGGGAGGUUCUCCAUUCUCCACGAAGACGUAUAUAAAUUAUAUUGUAUCUAAGCUGAAGCAGAAUAUUUUGGUCUCCAGAAAGUUUUGGAUUUUGGAUAUACUUUGCAUCACACUCCUAAUCUACUUUGACAUUCCUUUUUUCAGUCCAGCAUCUGGGAAAAACAUCACUAGCAAUGGAGGUAAGACUAUAGACAUUACUUAUGGUCUCUGGGGCCAACACUAUUUGUGGGAAUUAGGUACCUAUAUCUCCUGCAAAGCCUUCCCUCUGUGAUUUGUAUCUUGGGUAUGGGUUGGUUUAGCCCAUUCUUAAUCUUGAUUCACAUUCUGUUCAUUGAGAAUUCCACCACGCAAUCUAGCCGUAACAUUUUCAAUGUUGAUACAGGUUCAGAAUCUGUCUUCUCUGAUACUGUUUAUGCUAUUUAAAAAGGUGCUCCUAUAUGAAGUGAAUCUGCAGUUAUCAGCAUGAAGGAGGAAUGUUCUAAGCAUCCUUGAGCAACAGCUGUUUGGAAAAUAAAUAAACCAUUCAACCAGUUUACUAAUAAUAACUCUCAAAGAUACUAUCCAAAUAGAACCACCAAACUUGAUUAUAUUCACAGUGUAAUCUUAACAUGGUCAUUUGGAAGCAAGUCAAAUGUGUUCAGUAGAAUUUAGUCUCAAGUAAGGAAUGCAGCCCGGAAAGGUAAGAUGUGCAAAAUGCUUAGAGUUUUCUUUUAAUGUAAAGAAAGAAAAUUAUUUUAAAUCAUCAUUGGGCCAGCGAGAAAGUCAGAAACAUAGCCUGGAUUGUGUUAAAUUUAGCAAACAAAAAAUAGUAUUGAAUCUGUGGUUGCAAAUAUCUGUAUAAGAUGAAGUUGUUUUUAAAAUCUGUUUCUACAAAUCCAGUGCCUAAAUCAGCCACAGCAGUAAAUUGUUAACUUGUAAAAAAUAAUAUUUUCAGUGAUUCUAUAUCUCUAAUCUAUCCUGGAAAUACUGAGUGUGCAUUUUCUUAAUUCUGUUCUGUUUGUAACUUCAGUUUAUAAAUGGUAGUUUUAAAAGAUGAUUACAUUUGCUAGUUCUUCCAACAUUUUCAGUUUUAAAACUCCAUUGUGUUACAUAUGUUUUGAGUAUUUUUCCCCCAAAUGUAAUACUGUAAAAUGAUUAAUUUUAAAUGAUGUAAAGAACAUAGUAAAAGAAAGCUUUGGAAAGAAAAGAAAUAUCUUUUAACUUUUUGUAAAUUGUGCUCACCCAAAGUAAAAAGAAAAAAGAAAAUUCUUUUGCAUAAUGUUCAAUGCAAUCCUGAGUGUUUACUAAGAAAUUAACCCUGUUGCAUUCAGUAGGGUUUAUAUUUCACCUAUAGUAAGUAUGCACUGGAUUGCAACCACAAUUUACUUGAAUUUUCUGCUCUCUUUUCCUUAGAUAAUGAACAUGAAUGAAGGGGAAAUGUUUACUUUUUGUUAAUUUGUAAGCAUUUUCAUUUUUUAAUUAUGUAUUUUUUUUCUUUUUUAAUGGACAAAACAUUUCUAUACAGCUGCAAAUGUGUGUAUAUUGUCACCAAAUUUUAUUCAGUUAAUGUAGAACACGUGAAAAUGUAAAUGUACUUACAUUUUCAAAUGGGAUAUUUGUACAUAACUGAGAUGAUGC